AUGCGUCAACUUACCGAAGAAGAGACUAAAACAUUGUUCUCAAAGCUCGCCCACUACACGGGGCGUUCUUUGAACAGCCUCGUUGCCCCCACUGAUGGCGGACCCCAGAUGGUCUUCCGUCUGCAAGGAAGCCGAGUCUAUUAUAUGCCCCUGUCCAUUGCGAACUUGGCGACCUCGAUUCCCCGCGACAACCUGUUGUCGGCUGGUACCCAGAUUGGUAAAUUCACAAAGACUGGAAAGUUCAGGCUCAACUUGACUUGCCUGGACGUGGUGGCUCCUCACGCCAGAUACAAGUUGUGGAUCAAGGCCAAUGGAGAGAUGCCUUUCCUUUACGGAGGCAACGUCGUGAAGGCGCACGUGGGCCGUUGGUCCGAGACUGCCCCGAGCACAGUGGUGUCAUUGUGUACAGUCAGGAUGAUACCCCUCUUGGAUUCGGAGGAGGCUAAGAAGCUGGACCCUACCGGCAUUGUCCUCUUCAGACAAGCGGAUGUUGGAGAAUACCUCCGUGAGGAGGAUACCCUUUUCACUACUUAA